CUCCGCGUCGGCGUCCCCAGAAGGGAUGCGGCGGCGCACGCCAUGAGCUGGCGGUCCGGCUCCCGCAGCGUAGUCCUCACCGCCUACCACCCCAGCGGCGGCGGCAGCGGCGACGCCCCCGGCGGCCGUCGGUCUGGCCAGUAUACAAUGAACCAUGACCAUUCCAAGAAGACCCCUGAUGGAGCAUUGUUUGAUCGCUCAGGAUCCCAGGACUCCUUGGAUGAACUGUCUAUGGAUGACUACUGGAAAGAACUUGAAAAUAUCCAUGAAACCAGAGGAAAUAAUCACGAGGAACGAGUAGCACUUGUAGUGAAAGAGCCAGAUGAGGGAGAACUGGAAGAAGAAUGGCUGAAAGAGGCAGGUCUGUCAAAUCUGUUUGGCGAGAGCUCUGGCGACUCCCUGGAAAGCAUGGUGUUUCUGUCCACACUGACCCGAACCCAGAAGGCAGCAGUAGAAAAGCGAAUAGAGACUGUCACACAGACCAUGAGGAAAAAAAACAAACAGCACCAGAUUCCUGAUGUCAGAGAUAUCUUCAGGCUACAAAAUGACUCAAAGGGGAAAGUCUGUGAUGGAAGUGAACCCUCAACUGUGAGAACAAGUGAAAACAAAAAUGAAACACAAGAUGGAACAAAAGGUCCAAAGUUCCAUCUUGGAACGGAUGAGCGGAAGAGCCUGCUUGAAGACGUGCUGUUUUCGGACACUGACAUCAAUUUGGAGAUAUCGUUUGCAGAACAGGCAGCUAAUCUCAAAGACAGCUCAGUAGGCAAAAUGUGCAAGGGUGGAGGCGGUGACACUCUUCUCCCGAAUUUCAGGCUGCCGAAGGACAAAACAGGUACCACAAAGAUUGGUGACCUGGCCCCUCAGGACAUGAAGAAAGUCUAUUCUUUAGCACUGAUUGAAUUAACUGCUCUCUAUGACGUACUUGGGACAGAAUUCAAGCAGCAAAAAGCUGUAAAAAUCAAAACCAAAGACUCUGGCUUGUUUGGUGUCCCACUGUCAGUUUUACUGGAACAGGAUCAGAAGAAGGUGCCAGGAAUCAAGAUCCCACUGAUUUUUCAAAAGCUGAUUGCCCAGAUAGAAGAGGCAACUCUGGAAACAGAAGGACUGCUUAGAAUACCAGGAGUGGCAACAAGAGUAAAGAGUCUUUGCCAAGAACUGGAAGCAAAAUUUUAUGAAGGGACUUUCAACUGGGAAAAUGUAAAGCAACAUGAUGCAGCAAGUCUUUUAAAACUCUUCAUCCGUGAACUGCCUCAGCCACUCCUCACUGUAGAAUAUCUAAAAGCUUUCCAAGAUGUACAGAAUCUCCCAAUGAAGAAGCAGCAACUGCAAGCUUUGAAUCUUUUGGUUCUCCUUCUACCUGAAGCAAACAGAGACACUCUGAAGGUACUGCUUGAAUUCCUCCAAAGGGUAAUUGAUCAUCGAGACAAAAAUAAAAUGACAUUAAAGAAUGUUGCGAUGGUGAUGGCCCCAAACCUUUUCACGUUUCAUGGGUUUGGCUCAAAGACUAUUGAACAAAGCGAGUUUGUUAUGGCAGCUGGAACAGCAAAUGUCAUGCGCUUUAUGAUUCAGUACCAAAAACUUCUCUGGACAAUUCCUAAGUUUAUUGUUAACCAAGUGAGAAAACAAAACACUGAAAGCCAGAAGAAGGAUAAAAAGGACAAAGCUAUGAAGAAACUUCUGAAAAAGAUGGCAUAUGACCGGGAAAAGCAUGAGAAACAGGAGAAGACCCCUAAUGAUGCUGAUGUUCCUCAGGGAGUGAUACGGGUGCAAGCGCCUCAUCUUUCGAAAGUUUCCAUGGCAAUACAGCUGACAGAAGAACUGAAAGCCGGUGAUAUACUAGCCAGGUUUCUCAGCCAGAAAAGUGGAAAUGUCCAAACACUCAAGAAAGAAGAGGUCUUUCUUUAUGAAAUAGGAGGAAAUAUUGGAGAACGCUGCCUUGAUGAUGAUACGUACAUGAAGGACCUAUACCAGCUCAACCCAAAUGCUGAGUGGGUUAUAAAAUCUAAGCAGAGCUAAGCUCACAACUAAUGGCAAAAGAACAACCUGUGGACUUACUUUGUAAGGCUGAAUGUUUAAAAGGGAUAGUGUGUCCUUUCAACAUUCAACUGUGUUACAUAUAUUAAUAGAACCUUAUCCAGUUUAAAAAAAAAAGUGAUGGAAACCCAACAGUGAUUACCAAUAAAUUUUCAGUUUUACUCACAGCAAAAUUUUGGAGAUAGCACAAUUUUCCCACUCAUAUUUGAAAUAAGUACCUUAAAUAUUGUAAUGGCACUAAUCUACCUCCCAUCUGGUAGGUCUUGUUUCAGAAGAAUUUAUUUUUCAAACAGAUGUUUAACCUCUUUAUAUUAGAGAUCUACAAUCUGUUUGUGUAGAAUUGUGUGUUCAUAUAGGUCUUUACAGUGCUAGUACACUGGAGAACCAAAUCCUGAUCAGCACUUCUGAAUGGUACAGUAUUAAAAAUACCUAAAACCAGUCAUAUGAAUUUCCCAAGUAAGUGUGAAAUUCACAGGAAAAACUGCAAUGCAAUAUAUUUUGUCUUUGGAAGUCCUAAUUUUGUUCACUUUCUAGGUAAAGUUUGACAAAAACUAUUUAAACAGAACUGUGAAAAUGCUUUCUAUGCAGCUUUUUUGCUAGAUCUUUUAAAUAUUUUUUAUUCUUAUUCCAGUUGAUUGUAUUCUUGAGAUUAUUUAAAAAAAAAAAAAAAAA